CAGCUUGCAUAGUAAGAGUAGCACCUUAAUAGAACAUGUUUCAUGGUGAAGUGGUUGAAUGAAGACUGUGCAAAACAAGAUAGAGAGCAUGAUGUUGUUGCACUGUGCCAUUCCUCCCUCUCAUACUCCCUCUUUCUUCUCCCAAUCACUCAAACAAAGGAACCCAUUUCUUCACCAUAUCCAUUUUCCUACAAAGUCCAAAGCGUUCAUUUUCCCAAUUUCUUCUCUUGCCACUGGUUUCUUUGAUGACAUCGCCCAAAUUGCUCAUAACAAGGUUCUGAUUGCAGCUGGUGCUUCUGUGGCAAUUGGGCAACUUUUUAAGCCAUUAACUUCUGUUUUUCUGUAUGGCAAAGAGUUUGAUAUCAGGGCAGUUGUUCAAGCUGGAGGGUUCCCAUCAUCACACUCUUCUGCAACAGUGGCUAGUGCAACAUUGUUUGGCCUUGAGAGAGGCUUCUCAGAUCCCAUUUUUGGUCUAACUGUUGUGUAUGCUGGUCUCAUUAUGUAUGAUGCUCAGGGUGUAAGAAGAGAAGUGGGGAUUCAUGCUAGGACACUGAACAAACUACUGCAUCAGAUGCAUGCCAACUCCUUACAUUCCCAAGAUAGAGAUGGUUUGAUCAACUCUCAACCAGGAUUAUCAAAGGAACCAACAGUAGAAGAUCUUGAGAAAUCCCUUGUGUUCCAAGAAACCACUUCUUUGGAACCACAACAAGGGAACACACAUCUAUUAGUUAAAUCAGGAAGCAAAAUAAGGCACACAGAUGCAGAAGAAAUCUCUAUGUUGGCUGUUAAUGGUCUUUCCCCACUAAAAGAGUCUAUUGGCCAUACUGAGAUUGAAGUCAUGGCUGGUGCUUUAUUAGGCUUUUUGGUUGGUUUGGCUGUGUAUAAUUUUAUCUAACAUCUUUCAUUUUUUUUAUGAAUGAUUUCAUUGUAUUUCUUACAUAAAGUUGAUUAUUAAAUUGAAAAUCAGUGUGUGAGGUGUAAAGGAGCCCAAUUAGAAAUAGGUUUACAGCUAUCUUUUGUAAUACCAUGUGAACAGUCGUUCUGACAAUUUUUUUAUCAUCGAGUAAAAUUUAUGAUGAU